GCGACAGUAUAAAUCUGGCCACAUCACGGCGCCCUUGCAGUUACUACGUCGACUCGUAGCUGUCGGAUAAAGUAACAUUUACACCGGUCUCAUAAAGCGGUCGCGCUUCUUCCUUUUCUGUGCGUUUUUCUGUCUGUCCAGAAAACAUGCGUGAGUGUAUCUCCAUCCACGUGGGCCAGGCUGGUGUCCAGAUCGGCAAUGCAUGCUGGGAACUCUACUGCCUGGAGCACGGCAUCCAGCCGGACGGACAGAUGCCCAGCGACAAGACCAUCGGCGGAGGGGACGACUCCUUCAACACAUUCUUCAGCGAGACGGGAGCCGGCAAGCACGUCCCCAGGGCUGUGUUUGUGGACCUGGAGCCCACAGUCAUUGAUGAGGUGCGCACUGGGACUUACCGCCAGCUUUUCCACCCUGAGCAGCUCAUCACUGGUAAAGAAGAUGCUGCCAACAACUACGCUCGCGGCCACUACACCAUCGGCAAAGAGAUCAUCGACCUGGUGCUGGACAGGAUCCGCAAACUGGCUGACCAGUGCACAGGCCUCCAGGGUUUCCUGGUCUUCCACAGCUUCGGAGGUGGUACCGGGUCCGGUUUCACCUCCCUGCUGAUGGAGCGUCUGUCCGUUGACUACGGCAAGAAAUCCAAGCUGGAGUUCUCCAUCUACCCGGCUCCCCAGGUGUCCACAGCAGUGGUAGAGCCCUACAACUCCAUCCUGACGACCCACACCACCUUAGAGCACUCCGACUGCGCCUUCAUGGUCGACAACGAGGCCAUCUAUGACAUCUGCCGUAGAAACCUCGAUAUCGAGCGCCCCACCUACACCAACCUCAACCGGCUCAUUAGCCAGAUUGUGUCCUCCAUUACAGCCUCCCUCCGAUUUGAUGGUGCCCUCAAUGUUGAUCUGACAGAGUUCCAGACCAACUUGGUGCCCUACCCCCGCAUCCACUUCCCCCUGGCCACAUACGCUCCGGUCAUCUCUGCAGAGAAGGCUUACCAUGAGCAGCUUUCUGUGUCCGAGAUCACCAAUGCCUGCUUUGAGCCAGCCAAUCAGAUGGUGAAAUGCGAUCCCCGUCACGGCAAGUACAUGGCUUGCUGCCUUCUGUACCGUGGUGACGUGGUGCCCAAGGACGUAAACGCCGCCAUUGCCACCAUUAAGACCAAACGCACCAUCCAGUUUGUGGACUGGUGCCCCACUGGUUUCAAGGUUGGCAUCAACUACCAGCCGCCCACCGUGGUUCCAGGUGGAGACCUGGCCAAGGUGCAGAGAGCGGUGUGCAUGCUGAGCAACACCACCGCCAUCGCCGAGGCCUGGGCCCGCCUUGACCACAAAUUCGAUCUGAUGUACGCCAAGCGUGCCUUCGUGCACUGGUACGUGGGAGAGGGCAUGGAGGAGGGAGAGUUCUCUGAGGCCAGAGAAGACAUGGCCGCCCUGGAGAAGGAUUAUGAGGAGGUGGGCGUUGACUCUAUUGAAGGGGAGGGGGAAGAGGAGGGAGAAGAAUACUAAAGCAGUCGAUCACUGUUGCAUGCUUAUCAUUGGUCAGAAGUUUGCAUAUCUCAGCUUACAUUAGUUUAGGAAACUGACAGCAAGUACUGUUCACGGUUGGUGAGUAUAUGUGUCGUCUUUGGUACCGAAAUGGUAAAUGAAAUGUGCCGUGGUUGUGUCUGGAGACAGAGCGGCUUUUAAAUGUUGUUCUUUCCACUUAAUGUGUUUUACACCUUUUAGCUGUCUGUCAUCUUCUGACUGUGAUAUGCAAUAAAUUAUUGAAGUUA